AAUUUUUAUUCAUAAAGACGACGGGGAAAUAAGGAAAGGGGCAAAGGCCUUUUUAGGCGUCAGUUUUGCUUUCCUUGAACGUAUCAAUCAGUCCCAGAUGGACACCAAUCCCUGCUGGUUCCCUAGAAUGGAAGAUCAGAGAAUGACUAUAAUACCCUCUCCCUCUCCGUAUCGUCACUAUCUUACGCCUCAUGUGUGCAGCUCACCGCCCCCACACCAAUCCCCCAAACCCCAACCCCAUUCCCUCUCUCACUCACUCACUCGUGGUCUUAAUAAUACUUUCGUUUUCACCAAUUCCUCUCUCACUCCAACUUAGUGCUCCCCUCUCUCUCUCUCUUCCCACUCUCUCUCUCUCUCUCUCUCUCUCUAUCUCUCUUGCUGAGUACAAACACGUCCUCAACCACAACACACAAUUGGAAAACAGUUCUCUCUCCUAUUUGUUGCUAACGUGCGCCUAUAUAACAGAAUAGAACAGAGUUUCAACAGGAGUCCAAUCUCUCCUCAACCUCUCUCUCUCUCUCUCUCUCUCUCUCUCUCUCAUAUUUUAUCAAAUUUGUAAAACAGAGAAGAAGGUCUUUUUGUACUAUUACAGAGUAUCAAUCUCUCUGUUUUUUUGUUCUUCUUCUUUUUUUUUUCUUUUUUUUUUUUCAUUCCCAGACUGAAAUGGAAGAAGAGGAAUAAAAAUACCAAGCUGGUUUUCUCUCUAUUUUCUUUUUUUUUUCCUACUUCUUCCAAUCUUUUGCCUGGAAUUCAGAAUUCGAAGAUUACAGAGAAAAAAAAAAAGAAAAGAAAGAAAAAUCAUAAUAGUGCGAAAUAGUUGUUUCCACUGUUUUUAGUCUUCUUUUUUUUUUUCUUUUUUUGGGGAGUGGUGGUUAGAUGGGUGCUUGGACUGUACUACUUGUGAGCCUGCUAACCUGCGCCGUCCUACUCCGACCCACUUCAUCAGAUCCGAGUGACGAAGCAUGCCUGACCCAUCUAAGCCAGUCCAUUCAAGACACAAGGUCCCUCCAGAACUGGACCAAAUCAACCUUCGCUAACCCCUGUAAUGGCUUCACCGCCUACCUCCAAGGAGCCACCUGCAACAAUGGCCGAAUCUACAAGCUCUCCCUCACAAACCUCGCCCUCAGAGGCUCUAUUUCGCCUUUCCUCGCUAACUGCACCAAUCUUCAAGCCCUUGACCUCUCUUCCAAUUUCCUCACCGGACCCAUCCCUUCUGACCUUCAAUACUUGGUCAAUCUCGCCGUCCUUAACCUCUCCUCCAACCGACUCGACGGAACAAUCCCACCACAGCUCUCGUUUUGUGCUUAUCUGAAUGUUAUUGAUCUCCAUGAUAAUUUGCUCACUGGGCCUAUUCCUCAGGAAUUUGGGCUUCUGGUUCGUCUCUCUGCUUUCGACGUUUCGAAAAAUCGGCUCUCGGGUCCCAUACCUGUCAGUUUGAGCAAUCGGAGUAGGAAUUCGCCUAAGUUCAAUGCGAGCUCGUUUGAUGGGAAUAAGGAUCUUUAUGGGUACCCUUUACCGCCUUUGAAGAGCAAAGGGCUUUCGGUUUUGGCUAUUGUUGGGAUCGGAUUAGGAAGUGGGUUUGCAAGUUUGGUGCUCAGUUUUACUGGGGUGUGUAUAUGGUUGAAAAUUACAGAGAGGAAAAUGGCUCUUGAUGAAGGUAAAAUCAGCCAGCUUAUGCCCGAUUAUUGAAGCCUUUAAAAUCAAAGUUUGGGAAAAUAUUUCAAUCAAUCUUCCAAUAUAUAUUUUUCCAACUUUUUUUUUUUUACAAAAAAAAAAAAAAGGAGCUAGAGAUUAUUUCCAUCCAGGUAUGUUUUCGGAAUGAAGGUGUGUCUGCUCUGUCCCUUUUCUUCGAUGGGUUUUUUUCUUCUCUUAUGUGUCUUUUUUACUAAUCCGGAGAGGGAAUUUUCGUCUUCUCUUUUUUUUUUUUUUUUUUCCCCUUUUUAUUCUUACCUUAGUUUUUCCCUCUCUUUCUCUAUUAACCAUUUUAGGUUUCUUUUUUUUCUUUUUUUUUUUUUCGUUUUAUGCUUUUUGAUUCUCUAUAAUUCUUAUUUUCCACAGUCAACAAUGUAUAAAUCAAUUCAAAACACGUAUCAGUGAAAUAGUGUAUUUUCUUUAUAUACAGAUAUCUCUCUCGCUUUCAAUAUAAUGUAAUGUCAUAAUGUUAUUUAAUCGCUUUGUUUUCUCUUCACCUUCAAAUUGUACGAUAGGCUUUUGAGAAAUUAGGACUGUUGGGUGAAGCUCUGGCCUUGCACCGUGCAAUUUUGUCUGAUGUGUUGCUAAAAUAUAUAAGAAAGAAACAACUGGUAGAGAAACUUUUA